AUGGGCGGUGCAGCGGCGAUGGAGCCGCCCUCGGUCUCCCUCUCGUUCGCCAACAACUUCUGGGGCAAAGAUGACGCUGGCGUCGGUCCUAUGCUCGACCGCAUGCACGCCGCCAAAGUCACCAAUGACGAACUCAAGAAUUUCUACGCUGCACGAGCAGCCAUUGAAGAGGAAUACUCGCGCAAACUCCUCAAUCUCUCCCGAAAGCCCCUUGGCUCCUGCGAAACCGGUACCUUGCGCCUCUCAUGCGACGUGAUCAAGGCCGAGGUCGAGUCCAUGGGCAAGGCACAUCAGAGCAUAGCACAGCAGAUGAAGACGGAGCUGGAAGAACCACUAGCCGCCUUUGCAGGUGGUAUGAAGGAACGCAGGAAAAUUGUGCAGAACGGUAUAGAAAAAUUGCUCAAGCUGAAGAUGCAGCAGACCGCGACCGUCAAUAAGGCGCGCGACCGAUACGAGCAGGACUGUCUGAAGAUCAAGGGUUUCCUAGCCCAGGCACACAUGGUCAUGGGCCACGAAGAAAGAAAGAACAAGGCCAGGCUGGAGAAGACACAGAUCAACUUGUCGACGACAAGCGCCGAGUACGAGGCAGCGGUAAAGGUCCUCGAGGAGACGACAGGCAGGUGGAACAGGGACUGGAAGGCAGCAUGCGACAAAUUCCAGGACCUAGAGGAGGAGCGCAUCGACUACACCAAGAGUAGUCUGUGGAACUUUGCCAACAUCGCCUCAACAGUAUGCGUCAGCGACGAUGCCUCGUGUGAGAAGAUAAGGCUAUCACUGGAAGACUGCGAUGUGGAGAAGGACAUCAGCAACUUCAUCGCAGAAUCGGGAACAGGCCAAGAAAUCCCUGAUCCUCCCAAAUUCAUCAACUUUUGCAGAGGGGACGCCGAGACAUCGUCCCAAGCUUCGGAAGAUGAGAAUUACUCGGUAGCACAGUUUGCAAGGACUAUGAACCCAGCCUACCGAGCUUCAUCGCCUCAACCGUCAGUUUUUGAAUCCCAUCAUGAUCCCAACAAUCCGCUGGCACGAGAGCUCGGACUCCAACGGGACACGAAACCGGUUCCCCAAGACCAGAUCAACAUGGCUCCACAGCAGGAUCAGAUAGAUGUCCCUUCCCGACAGGCUGCAGAGACUCCACAGCCAAUACAGGCCCCUCAGCCUGUAGACUACGCUCAACCCGUGCGACAGGCGGAGCCAAUUCGGACACGGAGAGAAGUGCAACCCAUUCAGACACAGCAGCCAAUGCAGUCACAUCGAGACAUGUACCAGACUCAAUCACCUCGAGACAUGCAUCAAAGCCAAUCACCUCGAGAUGUGCAACAUGCUCCUUCACCUCGAGACAUGCAUCCAAUGCACUCACCACAGGACAUGCAUCAAAUUCAACCACCUCGAGAUAUGCAUUAUGCCCAAUCACCCCGAGAUAUUCAUCAGACUCAAUCUCGAGAUAUGCAUCAGACCCAAUCAUCUCGGGAUAUGCAUCAGACCCAAUCAUCUCGAGAUAUGCAACCCAUUCAGUCACCACCAGACGUGCAACCACUGCAGUCUCAACGCGACAUGCACCCGGUUCAAUCGCAACGAGAAGUGCAGUCCAUGCGCCCGCAGCGAGAGCGAGCUUACUCACAACGCGAGAUGCAGCCACCACCACUGCAGCGGGAAAUGCCGCCACCUCAAUCACCGAGGGAGAUUCAGCCACUUCAAUCGCAGCGUAACGUGCAGCCACCCCAGUCACAACGAGCAGUGCAGCCAGAUCCCAGGCUAGUACAAGCUCAGGAACAAGCUCGACAAAACUAUCAGCAAAGUCAGAUCCCCCAUAAUGACUAUCCGGCAGAUGGCAUGACGCAGUUCUGCAGAAUUGGUCCGCCAUCUGAUCGCAGCACUAUUCCAAGCCCAGCUCGUCCUGUGAGCAGAGAUUCACAGAGCGAUUACUCGAACCCUACCUCUUUUGAAAGCAUUGAGCCACCAAGUGGUUCCGCAUCCCCUGGAAAGCCGAUGCCGCAAUCAUCUUUUGCAGAGCCUGGCCCGAGCACUCCUGUCGAGGAAACCGCUGUGGCGAAGAAGAGAGGAUUCUUCAACAGUCCUUUUGCUCGGAGGAAGAGUAGGCAAGAGGAAAAACCUCCUGUCCUGACACCCACUAGCCGGAACACCUGGGGGCCAACGCGAAGACAGACCGAGGAGAAUGUCAGUCCAACCAAGUCAGCAUACGGCAGAGGUACGCGUGGUACAAUGCGUCAAGACGCACCGCGCUCUGCCAGUCCUGAACCAGUAGACCCUCGUGCCAAUUUCCAGUUGAACGUUGGAAACAAUGUGUUCGACGUAGCUUCUCCAGACAAGAAGAAGCUGGAGCAGAACGAGAAGGAGCCUGAAGGGGAGCUAGAUCCCAUUGCUCAAGCUUUGGAGGAACUCAAGGGCGUUACGAAGCAGCCAACUGGACGUCAGACGGCCGACCGUUAUCUUGGACUUGCAACGCCUGCACCUCCAGCAACACCUGCUGUGGGUGCAAGCCUACCUGGGAGUGCACCAACACCUCUAGCAAACGUCGCUCUGAGCGCUGCAAAGCGAGGUACGCCUCCACCGUAUGAGCAGCCGCCCAUGUCGCGUCUGGGAGCUCCGAAGCCUGCACAUACUGCUCGUCAAAUGCAAAAGACAACUCAAAUGUACGUCAGUCAAAAGGCGAACAUGUUCAAUGGUGGAGAAAGUGCCCGUUCUUCGAGUCGAAGCCCAACGAAACAAGAGCCUCCCAGGGUUGCUUCACCCCAGCCACCUCGUGCUGUCAGUCCACGACCCAGUCUACAGCCUACUCAGAACUCUUAUCGUUCCACUCAGCAACAGCCUGCCAGCAGCAGCAGCAGCAGCAGCAGGAAGCUGCACCACCACAGCGACAGCAAGCUUCCCCGGCACAACAGCGCCAGCAGCCAACACCACAGCAACAACAGCGUCCAUCGCACCUUCGCGUCGGACGCAAAUUAA